AUGUCUCCUGACCAUGUUCACGAAAUCCAGGAGCUUUCCUCUGAGAAGAGAAUCUUGCUUGGGGAAAAAUACCGAAAGUACCUUCAUCAUGUAGCGCAAGCAGCAAUAUGGACUACAUAUGUCUACUUCGUUAUUCGGCUGUAUUUCAUUCUGACGACCCCUGAACCGACAUGGAAGAUGUGGUUGAUGUUAGCCAUCGAGGGCUUGUUUGCUCACAUGUCGUAUCAACAUCAAAGCUUGUCGUUGGCAGCAACAAGCUCUCCCGAUCACAUCUCCCGAAAGAAGUUGAGAUUGUGCAGCAGUGAAAAUCUUCCCAGAGUCGACGUGUUGGUAACAUGCUGCGGAGAGCCAGUCGAAAUUAUCCUAGACACAGUCCGAGCAGCCUGUGUGCUGGACUACCCGGCUUCCCGGUUCCGAGUUCGACUCCUAGAUGACGGUGCAUCACUUGACCUUCGUGAUGAAAUUGCCAAACUUUCUUUGAAAUGGAGCCAUCUGACCUACCACACCCGCGGGAAACAGUCAGGUCAAUCGUUUGCGAAAGCAGGAAAUCUAAACUAUGCGCUUUUCUCGCUGCAAACCGAGGACCCACCGGAAUUCUGCACAGUCGUCGACGCGGAUUCGAUUCUCAUGCCUGAAUUCCUGCGUGCAACAUUGCCCCAUCUGCUGAAAGCUCCCGAGGCAGCGCUACUCACGACAAGGCAAUAUUUCUAUAAUCUGCCACUUGGCGAUCCGCUCUCGCAAUCGCGGGCGUAUUUCUACACAUGUGAGAAUACCGAGCUCGAUCUGCUUGGCCAUGCACUUGACGCUGGCUCUGGUGCCGUGUUCCGUCGCGAUGCUAUCUUGGAAGCAGGCGGAUACCCGACGUUCUCAUUUUCGGAAGACUGGCAGCUAUCGCUUAUUCUGCGGGGACUUGGGAAACGCACGAUGCAGGUCCAGGAAGUCUUGCAAUUCGGACUCGUUCCUACUUCUUUGGCAGGACAUCUCAAACAGCGCAAUCGCUGGCAUAUUGGCCAUUCUCAGCAAAUUUCUGUGGUCUUCCCUUCUGCCAACAAGUCGAUUCCGAAGACUAUGCGUUGGGACAUUGCCCUGGGUGGACUGUCUAUCAUGGCAGGGCUGGUAACCUUUGUCGUUGGCUAUGCCGCUGUUCCUUUUCUCUUAGUCUGCGACGGCGAUCUCAUCCCCAACACGUCAUCCUUUGAGAUCAAACUACAGAUCGUUCUGGCCACUGCUCACAUUCUGUCUACGUGGGCAUAUGAUUGGUGUCGGAGUGCACACGCUAGUGUUCCAUUUACGCCUUUUGCACAUGCGGAGAAUAGCUGGCUCGCUGCAGAAGGUGACGCUGAUCCACUCUCCAUAGCGCAUCUAUAUGCCGUGAUUCGGUUCCACUUACUAGGAAGCAAGCCCAAAGGUUCCUUCGUUACUGGUAGUACGGCAAAUUCUAGCGACAACGCUACAUCCAUCACCCUUUUGCAGAAAGCAUACAGGGAUACAAUGGGUAGUGGCAUCUUGUUGAACUUAUCCCUUUUCCUUGUGAUUUUGGGGGCCAUGGGUUUUGCGGUUCAAACAACUAUGGAGGCGAGUCGCCCAGUAAUCCCAACGCUGCUCACUACAAUUGCUUGGCCGCCAUUCUUGCAUUUGUUCUUCAUGGCGGUCACCAAUAACUGGGUCCCGGUUGCACAUAUUUUCAGCCCUCCAGCCUAUCACGUCAGAGACUCCAGAUUGAUCGCCACGGAAAAGGGAGUAUCAUACCCGAGUGCAGAUAUCAUGGGAGAGCUUACCUGUGAGACGUCUUUGCUCGGACUGUGCUGCUCCUUUUUGGUACCGAUUUUUCUUGUUGGAGUGCUGGUGGGAGCCUUCAUCUCAGCCUGA